AUGAGAACUGGAGGCUACACUGUCCAACAUUCUCUCACUUCUGAAGCUGCAAGCACAGUUAAACAAGCUGUUAACCUAGCUAGAAGGAGAGGCCAUGCCCAAGUGACUCCUCUCCAUGUAGCCAGUGCUAUGCUUGCUUCAUCCACAGGCCUUCUCCGAAGAGCUUGCCUUCAAUCUCAUUCUCAUCCACUCCAAUGCAAAGCCCUUGAGCUCUGCUUCAACGUCGCCCUCAACCGGCUUCCUACUUCUGCAUCAAGCCCUCUAUUUGGCCCUCACUCCCACCUCCCUUCCCUGUCCAACGCUCUAGUUGCAGCCUUCAAGCGUGCCCAAGCUCACCAACGCCGCGGCUCCAUUGAAACCCAGCAACAACCCAUUUUAGCUCUGAAAGUAGAGCUAGAACAGCUCAUUAUCUCCAUUUUAGAUGACCCUAGUGUCAGUAGAGUCAUGAGAGAAGCUAGGUUUUCUAGUGCACAAGUGAAAACCAAUGUUGAACAAGCAGUCUCUUUGGAGAUUAGCUCUCAAAGUCCUCCAACAAGUAGUCAUCAGUCCAAGGAAAGUACCAAACCUUUAGUUCUUGGCAACAACAUGCCUCAAUUUCUACCCAUGAGUCAGAUUAAAGUGUCUGUCAGCCAAACAACUGAAAAAGUACAGAAUGGGGAUGUAACGAGUGUUCUAGACACGAUGAUGAACCAGAAAAGGAAGAACACUGUUAUUGUUGAGGAGUGCUUGGCUAGUGCUGAGGGUGUAGUUAAAGGGGUUAUAGACAAGUUUGAUAGGGGAGAUGUUCCUGGGGAUAUGAGGUUUGUGCAGUUUAUAAGUGUUCCUCUUUUCUCUCUAAGAAAUCAAUCAAGGGAAGUAGUUGAAGAUAAGCUCGCGGAGCUUAAAUGCCUUGUGAAAAACCAUGUGAGUAGAGGAAUUGUCCUGUACUUGGGUGAUCUCAAAUUGGUUUCUGAGUUUUGGUCAAAUUUUGGUGAGCAAAAAACCUACUAUGACUGUCCUAUGGAGCACAUGAUCAUGGAGAUUAGUAGAUUGUUGUCUGGAAUUGGGGUGUGUGGAAAGUUGUGGCUCAUGGGGAUAGCAACUUUUCAGACUUACAUGAGAUGUAAAACAGGCCAUCCUUCGUUAGAGACUCUUUGGGAACUUCAUCCUCUUACUGUUCCUUCUGGCAGUUUAGGACUCAGCCUCAACUUUGAGAGUGAUUUGCAAGAUCAGUUCGGAAGCAAAGUUUCAAGAGAUGAGUCUAGCCGUCUUAAUGGACAUGAAGUUGAGAAGCACCUUAAUUGUUGUGCUGAUUGCUCAGCCAAUUUCAAGAUAGAAGCUCGAAGCAUAGUAAAAAAUGAGUCUACGACCACUUCGACCAGCUCAAGCUUGCCCUCAUGGCUCCAACAAUACAAGGAAGAGAACAGAACACGCACUAUCAAUGAUCAGGACUUUGACAAAGUUAGAGAUCUCUGCAAGAAAUGGAACUCAAUUUGCAGUUCAGUUCACAAAUAUCCCAACUUUCUCGAGAAAACCUUUCAUUUCUCGUCAUAUUCUCCUUCUUCUUCUAAUUCGAUUUCCUCGCAUGACCACCAGCGCAGUCCAAAGUUGCACCAAACCCUUCUAAACUGGCCGGUGAUUUUCGAACCCAACCAGUCACCCAAAGAACACCAAUUCUUCCUAUCUGAAAAUGGUGGUGAAGGUUUUGUAUCCAACAUGAGAACAUACAAACCGGUUACAAAACCAGACCUUUUAUCCAAUCCUAAUUCUAGUCCUAAUUCAGCUUCUUCUAGUGAGGCCAGUGGAGAUAUGGAGUGCUUUGAAAGGUUCAAGGAGUUUAAUUCUGAGAACAUGAAGAUUUUAGCCAAGGCAUUGGAGAGAAAAGUGCCAUGGCAGAAGGAUAUUAUUCCUGAAAUUGUGAACACCAUUCUUCAAUGUAGGUCUGGAAUGACUAGAAGAGAGAGAGAAUCAAAUCAAAAAGAAGAAACUUGGCUGUUCUUCUUAGGUGUUGAUACUGAGGGUAAAGAGAAGUUUGCAAGGGAGCUUUCUAAAGUCAUUUUUGGCUCACAAAAUGAGUUAGUUUCAAUUGGCCUCAGCAACUUCUCAUCAACAAGAGCUGAUUCAACUGAAGAAUUUAGCAGCAAACGAACAAGAAACGAGCAUGGCGAAAGUUAUCUCGAGAGAUUUGCAGAUUCAGUGAAGGAAAAUCCUAGCCGUGUGUUCUUCAUGGAAGAUGUAGAGCAAGUAGACUAUCAUUCUCAAGUGGGAAUCAAAAAAGCGAUUGAAAGUGGAAGUAUUACACUUCAUGGUGGUGAGUUGGUUCCAUUAAAGGAUGCCAUUAUAAUUUUCAGCUGUGAGAGCUUCAGCUCCAUGUCAAGGGCUUGUUCUCCUCCAAUCAGUCAAAAAUCAUGGGAAAACAACAAAAUAGAGAGAGAAAAUGAGUUGGAGGAGAGAAGAACAUGUGCCUCACUGGAUUUAAAUAUUGCCACUGAAGAGCAUAAUGGAGAUGAACAUUCACUUUCUGACAUUGGAAUUCUUGAUUUGGUGGAUGGGCAAGUUGUUUUCAAAAUUCUAGUGCUGUGAAAAGGAGACAGAUUCAAUUGGGAUAUCUUUCUGUUCUUUCCUUUACUUUUUUUUUUUUUUUUCAUUUU